AUGUCUUCCCAUGAUCACUACAUGUACCUACCUACCCAGGUGUACAAGUACCUGUGCCUCGGUACAUACGAGGAGCAACAAGAAUUACAUAACAAUGAUGAUAGUGCAUCCUCGCCUCCCACCAACCUCACAAACAUCGCAGCAAUGUCCUCAGCACGUUCUGUCAUGCGCGCCAGCCGACUGGUCCUGCGCUCGACCGCCAGGCCAUUCUCCUCCACCACCACCAGGUUCGCGGUGCCAAUCAACGAACGCGGCAACGACACAGCAGCCGAGUACCGCAGAAUCAUGAAGUCGAAGCCGCUCAACCCUCAUAUGACGAACUCCACUUCGACCAUCGCCAACGAGAUGCCCAACAUCGGCGAAGACGCUGCUCCACCCGAGCUCCUCACCAGCGUGGAUGGUAACUUCGUGCCAAAGGACUCCAAGCCGGAGAACACCGAAAGGAUGACUGGCGGUACUCAGAAGGGCGCACCCGACUCUGGUGUCAAUGCAGGCCUUGAAGUAGGUGAAAUCGAGGGCGGCUCGUUCAAAGUGGAACCUCUUCGUCGCACAGGCGAAGACAUCAACACCAUGCGCGCCCGUCUCGUUUAUCAAAGCCGGAAAAGAGGCACAUUAGAGUCCGACCUCCUUCUAUCCACCUUUGCAGAUGAGAACCUCGGAACCAUGUCAGCGAAGCAGCUGCAACAAUAUGAUCUCUUCCUCGACGAGAAUGACUGGGAUAUCUACUACUGGGUGACCCAAGAGCCUACACCAACAUCGAUGGCAUAUGCAGAGGGUGCUGGGCCCGGUCUGGCUUCACCUGAAGCACAGGGAAAAGAUGCGAACAAGUCUGAUAACUCAAAGGGCACGGUUGUGCGCCAGCCUGGUACGGGUGAAUGGGCGCAGACUGUUGGAACUUUCAAGCCUGCGUACAGACCCGUUCCUCAAAGGUGGAAGAAUAGCGAAAUUCUCUCUAUGUUACGAAAGCAUGUUGUGGAUCGAAGCGCAGGAGGUGUGCUUGAUCAUGGAAAGGUGGAUUUCUCGAAGACCAGUGAACGAAAAGGCGGUGGACUGGGAUUUAUGCCUGAGUUGAAGAACUUUGAUCAAUCAAAAAGAGCAGGUGUUUGA